CUCGACUCCACCCCAUCACCUCGCUCUCACCCGCUCAGCACUGCUCCACGCCACGCCUACUCGCUAGCCUGCGCCGCUCAUCUCGCUCCCGGCGUCCAUCAGCAGCGAACAGCGCCACAGUCGCCCCAGCCCGCGGUGUAGCGCGGCGCGCGCUGGCCCAGCAUGCACAUCAAGACCCUGACGAUCCAGGGCUUCAAGAGCUACAAGGACCAGACGAGUCUGGAGGAGUUCAGCCCGGGAAGCAACGUCAUCGUCGGGCGCAAUGGCAGCGGCAAGUCCAACUUCUUCUCAGCGAUCCGCUUCGUGCUCUCCGAUGCGUACACGUCCAUGUCGCGCGAGGAGCGGCAGGCGCUGCUCCACGACUCCUCGUCGUCGGUGUCGACGACGCUGAGCGCCUUCGUCGAGAUCAUCUUUGACAACUCCGACGGGCGCUUCCCGACGGCGGCCGGCUCAGGCUCGGGCAGCGGCGCCGAGGUGGUGCUGCGCCGCACGAUCGGCCUGAAGAAGGACGAGUACUCCAUCGACCGGCGGAGCGCCAACAAGGCCGACGUGGCCAACCUGCUCGAGGCCGCCGGCUUCAGCCGCAGCAACCCCUACUACAUCGUGCCGCAGGGAAGAAUCACGCACCUGACGAACAUGAAGGAUCGCGAGCGCCUUGACCUGCUCAAGGAGGUGGCGGGCACGCGCGUGUAUGAGACGCGGCGAGCAGAGAGUCUGAAGAUCAUGGACGAGACCGACUCGAAGCGGACGAAGAUCAACGAGCUGCUCGAGUACAUCGAGGCGCGGCUGAGCGAGCUCGACGAGGAGAAGGAGGAGCUAAAGCAGUACUACGAGAAGGACAAGGAGCGCCGCUGCCUCGAGUACGCGCUGUACUACCGCUCGCUGCAGGACCAUAUUGCCAAGCUGGAGGAGCUGGAGGACAAGCGCCGCGGUGAGGCCGACGCCAGCAACGCCAAGCAGCGCACCUUCAACGACCGCGAGAAGACGCUCUCGGACCUGAAGAACGAGCUGCAGACUCUGCAGCAGGAGGCCGAGCAGGUCAAGCUGGAGAAGGAGUCGCUGCGCAACGAGCGCCGCGAGCUCGUGCGUCAGCGGGCGCUGCUCGAGGCCCGUGUCGGCGACGAUGAAGAGGGCGCUGGCAGCGCCGCCAAGGACGAGAUGGAGGCGCAGCUGGAGCGCGUCGAUGGGCGUAUCAGCGAGCUCGAGGGCGAGCUGAUGGGCCUGCUGCCGACGUACGAGGACCAGCGCCAGGCGCUGGACGAGGCGCGAGGCACGCUGGAGGAGGCGAACGCACGCAUCAGCGUGCUCUUUGCUCGUCAGGGUCGCAGCGCGGCCUACACGACGCAGGCGGCGCGCGACACGGCCCUCAACACGGAGAUCGCAUCGCUGCGUGCGCACGUUGAGCGCGAGACUGCGCGGCGGACGCAGUGGGCUGCCGACCGCGAGACGGAGCAGCGCCGGCUCGAGACUGCCCGGGCGGCUCUGGCAGAGAAGUCUGCGCUGCUCGAGGAGCGGCGGCAGUUCAACAAGGAAGGCGCGGCCGAGUGGGAGGAGCUCAACGCGCGCCGUGACGAGCUGCUGGAGCGGAAGAAGGGCCUCUGGAAGGAGGAGACCAAGCUCAGCUCGACCAGCACGUACGCCAACGAGAACCUCGUCACUGCCAAGCGGGCGCUGGCCGGCACGAUGAGCCGCACUACUGCCAUGGGCCUGCAGGCUGUCGAGGAGGUCUCGCGCCGCCACGGCCUCGACGGGGUGCACGGCCCGCUGUACUCGCUCUUCACGGUCGACGACAAGUACAAGACUGCAGUCGAGACGACAGCUGGCGAGAGUCUCUUCCACAUCGUUGUUGACACCGACGAGACGGCUGCGCGCCUGCUUGACAUCAUGACGAAGGAGCGCCUCGGCCGCGUCACCGCUGUGCCGCUCAACCGCAUCAAGAACAAGGACGUCAACUUCCCGCAGGCGGCCGACGCCAUCCUCAUGAUCAAGAAGCUCAACUUCGACCGCAAGUACACGGCAGCUCUGCAGCAGGUGUUUGGCAAGACGAUCAUCUGCCCGAACCUCGAGAUCGCCGGCGCGUACGUGCGCAGCCACAGCCUCAAUGCCAUCACGCUCGACGGCGACAAGGUGGAGCGCAAGGGCUCGCUGCACGGCGGCUACCACGACCCCAAGCGCUCGCGCCUGGACGCCGUGCGCGACGUCAAGAAGUGGGCCGAUGCGCAUGCCGCAUCGUCCGCGGCGCUGGCCGAGAUCAAGACGGCCAUUGACAGCGUCGAGCAGGAGGUCGCCUCGAUCGAGGGCAGCCUGCAGAAGCUCAAGUCGCGCAGCACGCGCGCUGCCGCUACGCGCGACGGCCUGAUCAACGACAUGGCUGCCCUGCGCGACGAGGAGGGCGAGGCGCGUCGGCGGAUAGAGGUCCUGCUCGACGCCGAGACGCGCGUCGAACGUGACCUGGCGAGUGCGCUGAGCGCAGUCACUGCCAUGGAGCAGGAGCUGCAGACGCCCUUGACUGCCGGUCUCUCGAACGAGGAGGUGGCCGAGCUCGAGGAGCUUAACGCCCGCGUCGAUGCACAGCAGGCCGUCGUUGCCGAUCUGUCGGAGCGGCUUGGACAGACCUCGAGCGAGAAGCGCACGCUCGAGAUCGAGCUGAACGACAACCUCAAGCGCGAGCGCGACAAGCUCGCCGCACAGCUCGAGGCGCUGGCCGGCGAGGACUUGCUCGGCGCCGGCGGCGCAGGCGUCGGCGCCAACAGUGCAGAGUCGCGCAAGCGUGAGCUCGCCAGCGCGCGGCGCCAGAUCGAGGAGCGCGAGAAGCGGCUCGAGGCGAUCGAGAAGGAGCAGGACGAGCUGCAGAAGAAGAUCAAGUCUGCGUCGGAGCGCCACGAGAAGACGCGCAACGAGCAGGUCAGCGACGCGCGCGAGAUUGAGCGCGGCGAGAAGAGCCUGCAGCGCUACCUCUCGCAGAAGCAGAUCUUCACCGCCAAGAAGGACCAGGAGAACAAGAACAUCCGUGACCUUGGCGUGCUGCCCGACGAGGCGUUUGAGAAGUACCUGCGUACGAACAACGAGAAGGUCGUCUCGCGCCUGCACAAGGUCCGCGACACGCUCAGCAAGUUCACCAACGUCAACAAGAAGGCCGUCGAGCAGUACAACAGCUUCACGAAGCAGCGCGACCAGCUCAUCCUGCGGCAGAAGGAGCUGGAGCAGUCGGCCGAGUCGAUCCAGGAGCUCAUCGAGGUGCUCGACCAGCGCAAGGACGAGGCCAUCGAGCGUACCUUCAAGCAGGUGUCCAAGUACUUUGCCGAGGUGUUUGACAAGCUCGUGCCCGCCGGCAAGGGCCAGCUGAUCAUGCUGCGGCGCGCCGAGGAGAACGAGGCCGACGAUGACGAUGACGACGAGCACGAGGCCAGCUCAGUGGAGAACUACACCGGCGUGUCGAUCAAGGUCUCGUUCAACUCCAAGGUCGACGAGGGCCUGCUAAUCCAGCAGCUGUCCGGCGGACAGAAGUCGCUCGUCGCGCUGGCCACCGUGUUCGCCAUCCAGAAGUGCGACCCGGCGCCCUUCUACCUCUUCGACGAGAUCGAUGCCAACCUGGACGCACAAUACCGGACUGCCGUCGCUGCGAUGAUCCAGGAGCUGUCCGACACCGCACAGUUCAUCCUCACGACCUUCCGACCCGAGCUCGUCGAGCGUGCAGACAAGCACUACGGAGUGCUCUACACGCAGUCGAAGAUCUCGACGCUCCGCAGCAUCACCAAGGACGAGGCCUCUGCCUUCGUCGAGGCCGCCGCCGAGCCGGCCGCCGCAGCGUGAGCUGUGCGCUGCGCCCGUCCCCUCUGCUGCCCGCCUUCUGUUUGCCCUGUCUGUUCCGGCCGUGUCUUGCCGCGCGAGCAUGCCUGCCGUGUCUGUACUCUAUCCCAACGUCAUCAAUGCCCCUGCACUUCGCCAU